CCUACUCCCCCCAAAAGUUGACGAAAAAACAAGAAGCAGAAGGAGCAAGUAGCAAGAAAGAAUAAUGAAAGUCACCAUUUUAUUAUUGGCCAUUUUGGGCCUAGUGGCCGCUGGCCCUUAUCCCAUCAAGGACACCAAAUUUGCCGAUAAGGAAUUUUUGGCCAAGCAAAAAUUCCUUUUCGAAAUUGUCUAUCGUGUGGAGGAUCCCUUGAUGUUUGAGGAAUACAUAAAGAUUGGCAAAUCUUUUGUCUACCACAAGGAGGAUUACAAUCUACCCGAACAUCACAAUGACUUUAUGGAGAAAUACUAUAAGGCCUAUAAAUACGGUGUCACCUUGCCCAAGGGCGAAUUCUUUGCUGCCACCGUGGAAACCCACAUGGAACAAUUGUCGGGCUUGUUCGAUUUCUUCUACUACGCCAAGACCUGGGAGAUCUUCCAACGCAAUGUCUGCUGGGCCCGUUUGUAUGCCAAUGAGGCGCUCUUUGUGCAUGCCCUAACAAUGGCCGUUAUGCAUCGUCCCGACUUUGAAUAUUUCACCUUGCCUGCCAUCUAUGAAAUCUUCCCUCAAUACUUCUUCAACAGCAAAUUCGUGUUUGAGGCCGAGAAGUUUGACUAUGAUGUAUGGAGCAAAUACAUCAUGUACGAAAAGGAGUACAAGGAUGUCAUCUACACCGACUAUGCCAAAUAUUUCAAACAGUACAAAAACUACAACUACUUCUACACCAAGGACUGGAAGGUUUGGCAAUGGUGGAAACUCAUGGGCCUGGGCGAACACUGGUACACUGAGGAUCAUUUCAUUAUGCGCGACAAUAUGCAUGACCUCAGCAAGGAGACCAAAUACCAUGAGAUGAUGAAGGACGUCAAGAUGUUCUGGAUGCCCGUUGACUAUACCCGCGACAUUUACUUCUACAACCAGGAAUCUGAGUUGUCCUACUUCACCGAGGAUAUUGGCUGGAAUUCGUUCUGGUACUAUUUCAACUUGGACUAUUCCACCUUCCUGAAGGGUGACGAUUUCGAUAUGGUCAAGGAUCGUCGUGGUGAAUAUUAUUUCUACAUCGUUCGCGCCAUGUUGGCUCGCUACUACAUGGAACGCUUGUCACAUGGCUAUGGUGAGAUUCCCGAAUUCUCCUUCUUCAGCGAAAUCGAAUAUGGCUAUGAUCCCCAACUGAUUCAUUACAAUGGCGUGGGCUUCUCCUACCGCAAGAACUACUUCGAUUAUGAGACCUAUGGCAACUUCGAUUAUUUGUACAAGGUCUUGGGCUUCUUCCAACGCAUUGAGGGUAUCAUCACCCAGGGCUAUUACACCACCGCCGAUGGCCACAAGAUUGACUUCCACAAGCCUGAGGCCAUUGAAUACAUUGGCAAUAUGCUCCAUGGCAAUAUUGAUGCUUACGACAAAUACUUCUUCACCUUCUGGUACUCCUAUGCCCACAUGUACUUCGGCUAUGUGGAGAAUACCGACUUUGUCUAUCCCCAUGUCUUCCUGAACUACGAGACCAUGAUGCGUGAUCCCAUCUUCUAUCAGUUCUACAAGAAGGUUACCAAUGUCUUCUUUAAAUUCUACGAAUUCGUUGAUCCCUACACUUACAAGGAUUUGUAUUUCCCUGGUGUCGAAAUUGAGAAGGUGGUGGUCAGUGAUUUGGUGACCUACUUCGACUUGGUUGAUUUCGAUGUCACCAAUUUGAUGAAUGAGAAGCCUACCUUUGUGGAUGGUGAGUUUGUUUGGGACAAAACCUUGUUGGCCCGUCAAAUGCGUCUCAAUCACAAGGACUUUGAAUUUGAGUUCACCGUUAAAUCGGACAAGGAUCAGAAGGCUGUUGUUCGCGUCUUCUUUGGACCCAAAUAUGAUGAAUUCGGCCAAGUGAUUCCCUUGCAUGAGAACCGUGAGAACUUUAUAGAAUUCGAUGAUUUCUAUUAUGAGCUGAAGGCCGGUGUAAAUACCUUCAAGCGCAGCUCCAAGGACUUCUACUGGACCGCGGAUGAUCGCACCACCUACACUGAACUCUACAAAUACAUUAUGCUGGCCUACGAGGGCAGCUACGAUUUCCCACUGAACCACAACUACUCCCACUGUCUGUAUCCUGAUCGCUUGGUCUUGCCCCGUGGCUGGAAGAAGGGCAUGCCCAUGCAAUUCUUCUUCUUCGUCUCGCCCUUCACUGGAUCGUAUGAACCCAGCUACAGCUAUGACUACACCUAUCACUGCGGUGACAAACGUGGCAUUCACAAUACCGAUGAUAUGCCUUUUGCUUAUCCCUUCGAUCGUGAAAUCGAUGAGUUCGAAUUCUUUGUGCCCAACAUGUACUUCAAGGAUGUCAAGAUCUAUCACAAGGACACUUUCGAAAAGUACUACGACUACAAGUACAAUGAGUUUGGCAGCUUUGAUUACAGCUACUUUUACAAAUACUAAAGCGAUGUAUGAAUGGAUGUAUGUGGUGAGCAAUAAUAUGUGGUUCUGAAGUUGUUGAUAGCCUUAAGCUGAAUAGAAAAAAAUCUU